UUAAUAAUCCGUUACAGGCCUUUUCCUACACAUGCUUGUAUUUCUGACUUAAAUAAAUCUGAUUGUAAAGUUGGUUCAUCCAGGAAAGUCGGUAAGCCAGUUCAUCAUGCAAACCAGUAUAUAAAGGGAGUGCGUUAUUUUUCAUUCAUCAGAUCUCGCCCAUACAAGAUGAUAAGAAAGAGUGUUACAGAGAGUUUUGGUACAGCCAUCUCAACUUUGAAUGCAACCCAUCUUACUGAUGGAGUUAUAAGAAGGAGCAAGAGAAUGAUGCUGGACACACUGGGAGUUGGUCUGCUUGGAACCAGCACCCCAGUCUUUAAUGUAACAUUCCAGUACAGCAAGAGAUACCAAGCACAACAGAACAGCAGUGUGUGGGGGAAACCAGGUUCAUUCCUUCCACCGAAUUAUGCUGCAUUUGUCAAUGGGGUUGCGGUGCACUCUAUGGAUUUUGAUGACACCUGGCAUCCUGCCACUCACCCGUCUGGAGCGGUGCUGCCUGCUCUAGUUGCUCUAGCCGAGUCGAUGCCUUCUAAACCUUCAGGUUUGGAUCUACUUCUCGCCUUCAAUGUGGGACUUGAAAUUCAAGGAAGACUGAUGAGGUUUUCAAAAGAGGCUCACAACAUCCCCAAAAGGUUCCAUCCUCCUACAGUUGUUGGAGUUAUGGGGAGUGCAGCUGCUUCAGCUAAACUAUUGGGUCUGUCCCCAUCUCAGACCAUGGCAGCUCUUGCUAUUGCAUGUUCAUCUGCUGGUGCUCCACUAGCAAAUGCAGCUACUCAGACAAAGCCACUGCACUUGGGGAAUGCUGCUAGAAAGGGUCUAGAAGCAUCCCAGCUUGCUCUUCUAGGUCUAGAAGGAAACAAGCAAAUUCUAGAUCUUGAAUCAGGCUUUAGUGUUUACUACCAGGACUAUUUGCCACGUCAUUUGGCUGAGGUUUCCCCAACUAGCCAGUACGAGUGGGUGCUGGAAAAACAGGAUAUUGCAUUCAAGCGGUUCCCUGCCCAUUUAGGCAUGCACUGGGUAGCUGACGCAGCAGUAACUGUAAGGGAAAAAAUUUAUACCAAAGAGCCAAAUGCUGAUCUCAGUCAAAUUAACAGAAUUGUACUAAAAGUCCCUUCAUCAAGAUACAUAGACUGUCCGCUCCCAGUCACAGAACACGAGGCUAGGCACUCGUACCAGUUCAAUUGCUGUAGUGCACUGCUUGAUGGUGAGGUCACUGUGGAUUCCUUCAGCAGUAAAAUGAUGGAAAGAAAGGCACUGACAGACCUGCUCCUCAAAGUUCAUGUGGAAAAUCCAAAAGACAACCAGGCUAGUUUCGAAAAGAUGUACUGUGAAGUUGUGGUAGAGCUGGCCAACACAGAAACAUACUCAGCACGUUGUAACACAUUUUAUGGUCACUGGAGAAAGCCGCUUAGUCAGGAGCAUUUGGUGGGUAAAUUUAAGAAAAAUGCAUCGACUGUGCUAAGCACAGAAGCUGUAGAUAGUAUUGUGCAGCUUAUUGACAGCAUGGAGACAGUCAGUGACUGUUCUGUGCUUGGGUCAUACAUGCGAUUUCAAAAGCACAUAAACCACAGCAAUGAUUCCUAUUAUUCAGCAUCUGCUUGAAUAUUAUUGUAAUGAUACCAUAAAACUUAAAAAGUAGGAAUCUUUGAACUCGCUUUGGUAAAUGUGCAUGAAGGCAUAGCGAAAAACUACAGUUUACAGUGGCUUUAUUAUUUGCUAGAACACAACGUAUGACAAAUGCUGUCAGACAACAUAAUAGGUAAAGGUCUAGUUGGUUAAUAUGGCAUAAGAUUUAGCAAGGUAGAAAGGAUGUAUGUAUUUAUAUCGUACAUAAAUGUAUUAUAUAUAUAAUAUGUAAAUAAAGUUAUAAAAAAUGCAAAC